GAACUACGUGGGAAAAUGGACCUUCUUUCUUUUCAGAAAGCAUUUUUAAAAGUCAGUCGUGUUGGGUCUGCCGCUCAGUUGAAAACUAUGAAACAAGUCUGCGGUAGUUCAAAACUGGAAUUGGCACAAUAUCGCGAAGUGGCCGCCCUUGCUCAAUUUGGGUCAGACCUGGAUGCUGCGACUCAGGCAUUACUCAAUAGAGGUGCAAGGCUUACAGAAGUACCGAAACAACCACAAUAUGCACCACUUCCAAUUGAAAAACAAAUUUUAGUCAUUUAUGCAGCUGUCAAUGGAUUCUGUGAUCGAAUGCCACUAGACAGAAUUUCUCAAUAUGAGAGAGCCAUUUUAAAGAGUAUAAAAACAGAAUUACUACAAUCCCUUUUAGAAAAAGGUGGCUUAACUAACGAAAGAAAAAUGGAACCAGAUACAUUCUUAAAGGAAUGCGCUUUGCCUUACACAAUAUAAAAAAGAAAAAGAGAAUAAAAAUAGAAAGAUGAAGGAACAAA